AUGAGGCUCCUCCGCAGACGUCACAUGCCCUUACGCCUGGCCAUAGUGGGCAGCGCCUUUGUGCUCUUCCUCUUCAUCCUGCAGAGGGAUGUCAGCAGCAGGGACCAUGCCACGGAGAAACCGUGGCUGAAGUCCUUGGUGAGCCAGAAGGAUCAUGUCCUGGACCUCAUGAUGGGGGCCAUGAACAACCUUAAGGAUUCGAUGCCCAAGUUCCAGAUCAGGGCUCCAGAGCCCCAGGAGACACUGCUCUCCACAAACAAGUUCUGCCUCCCUGGGUUCUACACGCCAGCUGAACUGAAGCCCUUCUGGGAACGGCCGCCACAGGACCCCAACGGCCCUGGGGCAGAUGGGAAGGCUUUUCAGAAGGACGAGUGGACGCCCCUGGAGACCCAGGAAAAGGACAAAGGCUAUAAGAAGCACUGCUUCAAUGCCUUUGCCAGUGACCGGAUCUCCCUGCAGAGGGCCCUGGGGCCAGACACUCGACCCCCUGAAUGUGUCGACCAGAAGUUCCGGCGCUGCCCACCACUGCCCACUACCAGCGUCAUCAUUGUGUUUCACAACGAGGCCUGGUCCACGCUGCUGCGAACAGUGUACAGCGUCCUCCACACCAGCCCUGCCAUCCUGCUGAAGGAGAUCAUACUGGUGGAUGAUGCCAGCACUGAGGACUAUUUAAAGGAGGAACUGGAACAGUACGUGAAGCAGCUGCAGAUCGUGAGGGUGGUGCGGCAGGAGAAGCGGAAGGGGUUGAUCACGGCCCGACUGCUGGGAGCCAGCGUGGCACAGGCAGAGGUGCUCACCUUCCUGGAUUCCCACUGCGAGUGCUUCCAUGGCUGGCUGGAGCCCCUCCUGGCUCGCAUCACCGAGGAUGAAACAGCAGUGGUGAGCCCGGACAUCGUCACUAUUGACCUUAACACUUUUGAGUUCUCCAAGCCCGUUCGGAAGGGCAGAGUCCAUAGCCGUGGCAACUUUGACUGGAGCCUGACCUUCGGCUGGGAGACUCUCCCUCUACAUGAAAAGCAGAGGCGCAAGGAUGAGACUUACCCAAUCAAAUCCCCGACGUUUGCUGGUGGCCUGUUCUCCAUCUCCAAGGCCUACUUCGAGCACAUCGGUACCUAUGAUAAUCAGAUGGAGAUCUGGGGAGGGGAGAACGUGGAAAUGUCCUUCCGGGUGUGGCAGUGUGGGGGCCAGCUGGAGAUCAUCCCCUGCUCUGUGGUAGGCCACGUGUUCCGUACCAAAAGCCCCCACACCUUUCCCAAGGGCACCAAUGUCAUUACUCGCAACCAAGUGCGCCUGGCUGAAGUCUGGAUGGAUAGCUACAAGGAGAUUUUCUACCGGAGAAGUAUGGAGGCAGCAAAGAUGGCCCGAGAGAAAUCCUUUGGUGACAUUUCCGAACGACUGCAGCUGAGGGAACAACUACACUGUCGUAACUUCUCCUGGUACCUGCACAACAUCUACCCAGAGCUGUUCAUUCCUGACCUGAAGCCCACCUUCUAUGGAGCUAUAAAGAACCUCGGUAUCAACCAAUGCCUGGAUGUGGGUGAGAAGAACCAUGGAGAGAAGCCUCUCAUCAUGUAUGCCUGCCACGGUCUUGGUGGCAACCAGUACUUUGAGUACACAACCCAGAGGGACCUUCGCCACAACAUCGCAAAGCAGCUGUGUCUACACGCCAGUGCUGGCACUUUGGGCCUUAGGAGUUGUCACUUUAUUGGCAAAAACAGCCAAGUCCCCAAGGACGAAGAAUGGGAAUUGACCCAGGAUCAACUCAUCAGGAACUCGGGAUCUGGUACCUGCCUGACGUCCAAGGACAAAAAGCCAGCCAUGGACUCCUGCAAUCCCAAUGACCCCCACCAGCACUGGCUCUUCGUCUAG